UUACUUUGUUUUUUUUUUGGGUACAUUCAAGCUCAGGAUGGACACAGAAGCUGCUAAAGAAAGGACAGGAAUUAGGACAUGGCAUGACACGUUUGUUUUGAUAUCUUGUUGUAUGGCAAUGGUUCUUCAUAGUGGAUUCGUAGACUCAAUCGGGAUACUAUUCACUGAUGUUAUGACAACAUUCAACAGUACACGGGCAGAAACGGUGGUAAUACAAUCCACAGCUCUCGGUGUGUCGCUUUGUUCGGGUAUAUUGACUGGAGCUUUAAUCAACAAAACAGGCUUGAUGGUGACAGGAAUGCUAGGUGCCCUUGUGGUUAGUUUAAGUUUGAUAGUGUGCUUCUUCGCAUCUUCCAUGACGUAUCUAAUUAUAGCCAUGGGCGUGUUUACUGGUUUUGGAUACAGCUGUGUAAAUAUUACAUCAGCAUCUGCCCUAAGCCAGCACGUCUCCGGCAGAAAAACUUUGCUAUAUUUGUCUGUACAAACGUCAAUGGCUGGAAUCGGGGGUAUGAUUUAUCCCUUUGUAAUAAGAUAUCUAAGUGAUCUGUAUGGGCUCAGAGGUUCACUGCUUAUCACUGGAGCAAUUGUAUUGAACACGGUCCCCGGAUGUAUCCUUUGGAAACAACACUGCAACACCAGCAAGAGUCAAGAACACGCAGCCGUUUCAAAUAAAAUCGAUGAAUUUCAAACACACUUUCAAGUUCAAACAGAGGACAGUGGUGAAAACAUUACUAUAGCAAAAUCAAAACAAAUAUCUACAACAGAAGUUUCAGAAUCUUUGUUUGUUAGCCAGUAUCCAGUUCUACUGGGUGAAAUGAAAACCAAGACUGUUACCGUCGAAAAUAGUCUGGCCCAAUCUAAUAACAGUAAAGGAGACCGAACAUGGUUUGAAAUCAUCAAACAACUCUUGCUGACAAAAUGUUUAAUGUUUUUCGCAUUUGGAAUUAUCAUUUCUAUCCCAGCUCUAAAUUCAAUCAGUAUUUUUGUGACUGAUAUAUAUUUAGACAGUGGAUUGACCACUGAAGACGUGUCAUUGGGGUUGUUUUUAAUCAAUAUGUUGGAAACAUUGGGACGCUUGCUUCCGGGCAUAUCACUGCAGUCUAAACGUAUUGCACCAUUAAUUUUGCUAUUACUUAAUGCCGUAGUGUCUGCCGUUCUAUUAUUUUCCUUAACUUUAGUCAAAUCGCGCCCGUUGAUAUUCGUUUUUUCAGGUGCUGUUGGCAUAGUGGUAGGAAUGUAUGUAUCUUUGUUCCGCUUAAUCACUCUGAAAUUUGUAGGCUCUAAAACACUACCGAUUGCUAUUGGAGUGUUCCGUACACUUGGCGGUAUUUGUGAAAUUGUUGCAGGACCAAUUAAUGGAUACAUCAGAGAUGUAACAGGCUCAUAUAUGGCAAUCUUCUACACAUCAACAGGGAUAAAUUUGUUUGCAGCAUUCCUUUUCAUUGUUGCAAACAUUACAAGAAGGAGAGAAAGACAGGAAUAAAAAAAGCGUGCAUCAGUGUUCUAUCUGACAAGUCUUUAGACUUUUAAACCCUGUAUUUAAUUUGCAAACUUACUUUGACUAAGAUAGUUGUUACACAUUUAAAAAACUGUUACAGUAUCUAACCAGUAUGAUGCAAUGUCUUUCAAAAGUAAGAAAAAUGCUAGAGGCCCGGAUUUGAUUCCCGGUCUUGCCUGCAAAAUUUCCACUGGUUUAAAGUACUGCUUAGUUUGCAUCAGUUUCUGGCGGCUGCAAUGGCGUCUUAGUAGGUAAAUCUGACAUAGGCAGUGGGCUCGACUUGUAAAAAGUGACACCGGCAAUCUGCGCUACAUUAGAAAUAUUCAGUUGUUUUGAAAAUGCACAGCUCUCAAUAUGAGUAAUUAAUAUAUAUGAUUUAGUUUGUUGAUAGAUAUAACUAAAGAGAAAUGUUUCUGAUUCAUAAUCGAAGAUAUUGUAUAACGAUCGGCAUAAUAGUAUAUAGAUAAUAUUAUAGCAUAACGGAAUGAUGGCUAUAAAAAUGGUUUUGUUUGUUUCUUUGUAUGUGUUUGUUUUUCAAAACCAAAUUGCACUAUAACUGCAUUUGCGGAAUUUUGCUGAAGAAUACAUAUGGUAAAAUAAAACUGCAUCAUUCUAUUACGUUAAGCCCGCGUACCAUUGAUGCAACUACAUACAGUCAGUAUUUCUUUAUAAGGGAGUUCAAUUCAAACUGGUGAUAGAUGACUAGAAGGUGUUGCAAAUUUCAUUACAUCUGAUAAACAGACUCAAUCUAAUCGAGUCUCAUAUUAUUUUGUUUGUUGCAUUCUAUGCUUUUCAAGGUUAACUGACUGAAACAAGCCUUUUAUAUGAUGAGGCACCUUAUAUUGCCUUAACAUGUAUGAAGUACGAGGCAAAAUAUUAACAGAUGAGCUGUUGUGUAUAAACAUAUUUCAAUGAUAAAUACUUGUUCAUCUGGGGUUUGCAUUCGACAUUUAGAAACCAUAUGUAUUUCCUUUUGUUAUGUGUAUGGUUGUUACUAUUUAGAAGAUGAAACCGCGAGAUCAUAAUAAACAGAUUUAUAUGGUGGUCAAAAUGUGUUCAUAUGUCUCCAAUUGUUAUGUUAUGUUACAAUAAAAUACAUGUAUCUCCAACUGUUAUGUAAUGUUACAAUAAAAUACAUGUAUCUCCAAUUGUUAUGUUGUGUUACAAUAAGAAACAUGUAUCUCCAAUUGUUAUGUUAUGUUACAAUAAAAUACAUGUAUCUCCAAUUGUUAUGUAAUGUUACAAUAAAAUACAUGUAUAUUUUAUCACGGUACGGUUUAGUAUUUUCAAACUGUCAAUUUUAAAAAGAAAGACCCUAGAACACACUGAAUUACUUGACGUUUGUAAGUAAGUAAGUAAGUAAUUGUUUAUUAAAGGUCCAUUACUAAGGGAAAGUGAGUUGGCAAUUUUUUUCAUAGCCAGUGCAUAGACUUCUGCAAGACACUAAAUAAUGAAGAUUGGCAGGUCAAAAUUUACAGAAGGUCUUUGGAACUCAAAGAAAUGUAUGUGUAUUAUGUUGAAAUUUCAAUGAAUCGACAGAAUGACCCCCCAGGUCUUUUUAACUUUCUUCAUACUUCAUAGAAAAAUAAUUGUACAUAUACUGCGAUUUAUUUCGAAUUUCUACAUACCAACUUUCAUUUUCCAAUAAAAUGAAACAGUUUCUCUGCUUUUUAAAAGAAA